AUUGUCUAAAAGUGGUAAGAAAAUUAUUCCAACGUUUCUUCCCAAAAUAAAACCAUAUUACUUGAUUAUAUAUAUAUAUAUACACCAUAUAUAUAUAUUGAAUAUCAAAAAUCAUGAAGUUCUCCAACAUAUCAAGGUCUAAUAAUAAUAAACUAUUACUAGUCUCUUCUAUACUAAUAAUAAUAAUAAUAUUUACUACUACUAAUGCCUCCAAAAUUCCAAGACUGAGUCCGACCGGAGACAGGUUGCUCCUCCACAACCCGGAAACCCUUCCGGCGGCCGCGAUUUCGGAGGAUUUCGAAACGUUUUUCUUCAACCAAACGUUGGAUCAUUUCAACUAUAGGCCACAGAGUUACUCUAUAUUUCAACAAAGGUACUUGGUGAACUCUAAGUAUUGGGAUGGCCCUAAUAAUAAUAAUAAUAAUAAUGCUCCAAUAUUUGCUUACUUUGGAGCUGAAGAACCCAUUGAUCAAGAUCUCCCUGUUAUUGGCUUCCUCACUGAUAACGCUCCUUCCUUUAAAGCUCUCAUAGUUUUUAUUGAGCAUCGAUAUUAUGGAAAGUCAAUUCCAUAUGGAUCAAGAAAAGAGGCACUAAGCAAUGCAAGCACUUUGGGUUAUUUCAACUCAGCUCAAGCCAUAGCUGAUUAUGCUGAUAUUCUUCUUCAUGUCAAGGACACCUUUCAUGCUCCAAAUUCUCCCAUCAUUGUCAUUGGUGGAUCCUACGGUGGAAUGUUAGCAUCAUGGUUUAGGAUGAAGUAUCCCCACAUAGCCCUAGGAGCACUAGCAUCAUCAGCUCCUAUUCUUUACUUUGAUGAUAUCACACCACAAAAUGGAUACUUCUCAAUUGUCACAAAAGAUUUCAGAGAAGCUAGUGAGAAUUGCUACCAAACCAUACUAAAGUCAUGGUCUGAAAUUGAUAAGGUUGCAGCUAAGUCUGAUGGCCUUUCAAUACUUAGCAACAAGUUCAAGACUUGCAGUCCUUUGAAGAAUUCUUCAGAGCUGAAGGACUAUUUGGUGUCAGUGUACACCACAGCAGCACAAUACAAUAGUCCACCAAAAUAUCCAGUGAGUGUAGUAUGUGGAGGAAUUGAUGGUCAUCAUGAUGAUGAUGGUGAUGGUGAUGGUGAUGAUAUACUUGACAAGAUAUUCUCAGGCAUUUCUGCUUAUAAACCUAACACAACUUGUUAUGUUAAUCAACCAAAAACUCCUACCGAAACAGAUGAGGGUUGGCAAUGGCAGACAUGCAGUGAGAUAGUGAUACCCAUAGGCAUUGACAAUAAUACAAUGUUCGAGGCUGAACCUUUCAAUGUAGAAGACUUCAUCGAGGGCUGCAAUGAGAUUUAUGGGGUUCCACCACGCCCUCAUUGGGUCACUUCAUACUAUGGAGGUCAUGAUAUAAAGCUUAUACUAAAUAGGUUUGCUAGCAACAUAAUUUUCUCCAAUGGACUCAGAGACCCUUAUAGUAGUGGCGGGGUUUUGGAAAAUAUAUCCAAUAGCAUUUUGGCCAUCAAAACAACCAACGGAUCUCAUUGCUUGGAUAUUGUUCAAGCAAAAUCAAGUGAUCCAGAUUGGUUAGUCGAGCAACGGGAGAUUGAGAUCAAGAUCAUCAAAAAUUGGAUUACUCAAUACUAUGCCGAUCUUUCAUCAUUAAAGAAUUAAAUCAAGAAAAAUAAUAUUAGAUUAUUGUUGUUAUGAGAGAUACAACUCAUAUAUAUUAUAUGUAUGGUGCUCAAGAAUAAUAUAUAUGUCUUUUAGUAUUUUUUAAGUCAAAAACUCAAUUAGCAUAUGGUGGAAUAAUGUACUUAAAUUUAUAUAUAUAUAUAUAUGACUUAUAUUUCUAUA